GAUGGUUUGUCGUCGUUUCAGCUCCUUGGGCGUUUCAGCAUGGCGCAGGGCUCGGCAUUGAGCGAGCUGGUCCGUCAUCGCGCUUUCACAGUCGUGAGCGACGGCUCGGGUGCAGCCGUGGUGGAAAGGUAAGGGCUGCGCCUCCCCAACCUCUCCGUCUUCUGCGGCUCAAGAUCAAGAUUCAGUUCACUCGAUAGCUGGAGAACCCUCACUCCAGUUGGUCCGACCUUCAAAACUAGCGAAAACUGUUACGAUCUGUUAAGCUCUACUCAAUUAGCCAUGCCCAGCAUGAACGAUCUCCUCACAGCCGCCGGGGCGAUGGACCUCGGCCUGAUCAAACCUGGCGGCGUCGAUGCUAGCAGCGUCUCCAUGAUCGCGGGAGCGAUGGUUCUGUCCUUCAUGCCGCUGUCCGCUUCCCACCUCAUCUGUCUCCUCGCCGGCGCCUUGCUGUUCCUGGCCGUGCAGGCGCUGAGCCCGAGCGUCUCCCGCGCACGGCUGCCCAAGGGCAAGGCCAGCCCCGCCCGCAGGGCCCCCAGGCUCCAGGAGUCGGGUCGGGCGAAAGGGGGGCUCGAGGUCCGAAGUCUUCAAACGCUUUCGUCGGUUUUCGGCGGGCUUCCAGCCUUGGGAUGUUCUCCAGCGGCUGCGCCUCGCCGAGGGCGUCCGGGCGCGGGCCCGGGUCCUCCCGAAGGGCCGCCAGCGACUCGAGUUGUGACCCGAGAACCAGACGACGAAGCUCGCUCGGAGGAGAUUGGGAAACUGCAACUGCUGCAUGCAGCUUGUUUCGCCCCGCCGACGAGGCGCAGUCCUCGAUACAUGAACGCCUCCCAGCGCCGGGAGCAGGGCAAGACCAGCUUACGCCCCCACCCCUUUUCACCCGACCCGACCAGGGCGCUUCGCGGAAGCUGGCCCCCCCCGUCAUUGCGAGGCCCGUGGCCAGGGCUCCUCUGGUCGCCUCGCCGAGGUCAGAGGCCUGGAGGCCCAGCGUCCAGCCCGUGGCGGCGCCGACGUUCGCCGGCCAGGGCUGGGACGCCGAGGUGCAGGAGCUGCUCGCCCAGCUGACGCCCACGGCCGAGACCCACGAGGCGGUCGCGAGGGUGGCCCAGGCGGUGCGGGCCGUGGUUGCGCGGGUCCUCCCGGGGGCCGAGGUCACCAGCUUCGUCGGCGCCAGCCUCACCAGCGGCAAGGCCUUCGGCGUCGCCGUGCCGGAGGUGGACGUGGUGAUCAGCGCCCCCUACGCCGCGCUGGUGCGGAACCGCUGGCAAGGCCGGCAGCCUGGCAGCGGCUGCUCUGCACAACAGUUGCGCAAGUCCGCGGUCCGCGCGUGCACCGACCGCUUGGUGUCCGACGGCGGUUUCAGGUUCAGGCGCUCUGCGUUUCGCGGAGACGAGCCAAGGGUUACCAUCGUUUCAUCGCCAGCUUUGCAGUCCGUGCCGAUGAAUUUGUCAGUCAACGCGCUGACGCCGCUCUGCAACGCCAUGCUCAUCGCCGAGUGCACCCGCAUGGACCCGCGCACGCAAGGACUUGUGCUGCUCGUCAAGCGUUGGGCCAAGGACCGUGGCCUUUGCCACGUCGCCAGGGGCCACAUGUCGCUGUACUCCUGGACGGUCCUGACGGUUUUCUUCCUCCAGACGGGCGCUGGAGGUCUGCUGCCGCCGCUGGCAGGGCUGGAGACGCCGUCUGGCCUUGCUGUGGAGGGUCAGCCUGGAUUUCGGGCUCCGACGAUGACUUCCAAUGCGCUCCCCGACCUCUCCGUGGGUGACCUGUUCAGGGCGUUCUUCCGCUUCUACGGCUCCGAGUUCGAUUGGCGGGCCGAGAGCGUGUCGGUGCGCUCGGGGGAGCGCGGGGCCUCCGGGGCGCUGCCGCUGCUGCCCGUCCACAUCGUGGUCGGAGACGACGGCAAGACCACGGAGGUGGGCCCCAGCGUCGAGGAUCCCUUCGACGGCACGAAGAAUAUCGGCGCGUGCACCACCGCCGCCAGCCUGCAGCACCUUCACGCGGCGCGGGGGACAGAGCAAAGAAGAAGAAGCAGCUCAACACAGCUCGCCCUGACCUUCUCGCGUGCCGCUCGCCCGCACGUUCUCACGACGGGGCGGCCUUCUUUAGCACCCGCCUCACCCGCUUCUCGAAUCCCUUCAGUGCGCAGGCGAUCUGGCGCCUGCGCAACCGCACGGCCCGGGCGAGUGAGUCCGCAGAGCGUGAAACCGAAGAAGGAGGAGGAGGAGGUUUCGCCAUCAGUUGCGGCAUGGAUUGCGCCAGGCACCCCGCGGGUCACCAACUCGAUUGAUGUUUGAGCGGGUGCACCAGCCCCAUACGUAGGCACAAAUGUACCGCGGGUUGCGCCAGGCAUUCCGCCGGCCCGCGGGCCAUCAAAUCGACUGAUGCCUCAGCGGGUGUAACAUUCCGCUGUAGGCUGUGCAAGACACCCCGCAGGCCAUCACAUCGACCGAUGCCUCAGUGGGUGCACCAUUGCACCACAGAUUGCGCCAGGCACCCCGCGGGCCACCAACUUGGUCGACGCCUGAGUGGGGUUGCUAUUGCUCUUCGUGUUGCGCCAGGCGCCCCGAGGGCCACCAAAUCGGCUGGUGCCUCGCUACGUGUACUUUCAAGAGGUGUUAAAGGAACUCUUGCAUCACUCGCUGCUAACGAGAAAGGCCAC